GAACGCUGGUCGAUGCGUCUACGAGACAGAAUCCCGCUGAUGAUUGGGAUUAGACAGCGGCUGUGUUAACGGGGCUCGUGCGGAGCGGAUGACGGCAUUUAUGGAUUACCCGGAACCAUCCAAUGGAUUACUGAAGUACUUCAAGAAGGACGACUUCGAAACGGACCGGAUUAAAGUAGCAGAAGGCACAUUCGGUCAAAUCUACCAAGUGAAGGUCAAGCUGUGGCGGGAGAAGUGUGCCCUUAAAGUUUUGGACACCAGUGCCUGUCCACACAUGUACAAGAGAGUAAUGAAAGCGGCGUCCAACAUAGCGAAAGUGAAAUUCAAGUACAUAGUGUGCAUCUACGGUCUUUGCAACGAGGCACUUGCUAUAGUAAUGGAGUACAUGAACAACGGAUCGCUGAACAAUCUCCUAUUUAAUGUCAAUCUGAUGUGGCCUAAGAAGUUCCAGAUGAUUCACGAGGCCUCCAUGGGCAUGAAUUUUCUCCACAGCCUGCGACCUCCGAUACUUCACCUUAAUCUGAAGACAACCAACAUUCUGCUGGAUGAUCAUCUUCAUGUAAAGAUUUCAGACUUCGGUUUAAUCCACUGGGAAGAAGAAACGGACAGGAAGGUGUUAGAGCAUCUGAUAGCGAGAGGGAAUAUCAGCUACAUUCCUCCUGAGAACCUUGGUCAGUCCUGCAGUCCUCCAGGACCUUCCUACGAUGCUUACAGUUUUGGAAUAGUCAUCUGGGAGAUUCUGACACAACGGAAACCUUACGCAGGGUGCAGCAUGACCACCGUGCUCUUGCAGGUGUCACACAGAAAGAGACCCAGCGUGGAGAUAAUACCUGAACCUAAGCCCCCUGAGUGUGAUCAGAUGGUCGGCGUCAUGCAGCAGUGUUGGAGUCAGGAACCGCAAGCGAGGCCGCAAUUCUCUGACACCGUGAGGAAAACCGAGGCCCUGAGUGAAAUCAUGAAGCUACCAGGACCGCGUCAGAACAGCGUUGUGAAAGGACACGAAGGGGAACCCCAAUGCCCAGCUCUGCCCAUUUAUGACAUUUCCUUGCCGUUACCUGACCUUCUUCCAGACGAACAAUCCGGCAAGGAAGCCGUGCUCUCGCUCCUCUUCAAGAAGGACUUCAGCAGUUUCAGGUCGUCGGUAAAGCGAGAGCAUGUGUACACGCAGUUUAAGGGCAGCAAGAGCCUGCUGCACUACACGGUGGCCAGCGGGGACAAGACCAGCGUGGAGCAUGUCCUGCGUCUGGGUGCCGAUGUCAACUGUACCAUGGCUAAGGGGUACACUCCGCUGAUUGUUGCUGCCCUGAACAGACUUCACGACAUCAUGUCAUUGUUGCUGGACCACGGCGCCGACCCGGCCCAGGGAGACGAGGACCAGUGGACCGCCAUCCAUUUUGCGGCGCAGAACGGCGAUGACAGGGCCGUACGUCUCUUGUUGAAUAAAGGGAUGUUGGCGGAUGCCCGUGAAAAGUCAGGAUGGAUGCCCCUCCACCUGGCGUGCCAGAAUGGCCAUGAGACAGUCGUCCGCCUCCUGCUGACGCGGAUGUCCAUCAAGACGAUUGAGGAAAAGGAGGAAGCGCAGGGGAGGACGGCCCUGCACCUGGCCGCCAUUUACGGACACAUAAAUAUCACCAAGCUGCUCCUGUCCCAGGGAGCCCAACUUAACGCCACCGACGCCUCCCUGUCCACUCCUCUCCACUUGUCAGCCAACGCGGGAUGUAACAGAAUAGUGCGACAGUUGGUGAUGGGCGGAGCUGAGGUCGACCCUUUGGACAGGAAAGGCAGCACUCCGCUUCACAUGGCGGCGCUUAAGGGUCACACGGGCAUAUGCAGGCAGCUGCUGGCGCAAGGGGCCGACCCCGACGCCAAAACCAACCAAGGCUGGACGCCCAUGCACCUGGCCGCCAUCAAGAGACACGAAACCACCGUGGUGGAGCUAAACAACCAGGGCGCCAGCGUGAACGCCCCAGGCGACAAGGGCUGGACGCCGCUCCACCUCGCCUGCCACCAGAGCGAGGACCAACUGGUGGCCAAGCUCCUGGCGGCGCAGGCCGACCCCAACGUGAGGGAGGACGGCGACCGGUGGACGCCGUUGCACAUGGCCUGCGCCAGCCUCAGCUUCCCGAGCGUGCUCCACCUGAUAUCUCAUCACGCCGAGGUGAACGCUGUCAGCGCGCGGAAGGCCACGCCUCUGCACGUGGCCGCCCAGCACGGCGCCGUGGCCAUCGUCAAGGCGCUGCUGCUCAACGGCGCCGACGCCACCUUGAGAGACGCUUCCGGAUUUGCAGCUGUCGACGUCGCCCACAACCAUGGGAAAUAUGAAGUAGUGCAACAGCUUGAAACUUUUGCUGAAGAAAACUAAGGAACACGCAAUAUUUAUUAUUACACCCCUUCAAUCGAUGCGGGAAGGCUCAUCGCUAAAGAAGGAGUUGCUUUCCAUUUUUUGAUGCUUCAUCCAAUCAGCGCAGGAUGUUCCUAUCGCUCUAAAACACAAUAAAAACACAAAAAAAUAAAAUAAAACACAAUUGUCACUUUCAGGGGGAGUCUUACUGUCACCGCUGUUUCAAUGUUAAACAUUGACCAUCUGUUUCCUUGCAAUGAUGGAUUUAUAUUUUUUACAUGUGUUUUAC